ACUGGGCGGAAGGAGAAGGGGGACCCACUGAACAUUGCUAUCGACAAGAUGACCAAGAAAACGCGAGACCUUCGAAGACAGCUGCGGAAGGCAGUGAUGGAUCACAUAUCAGAUUCAUUCCUGGAGACCAACGUCCCGUUGCUGGUCCUCAUCGAGGCUGCAAAAAGCGGCAACGAGAAGGAAGUGAAGGAGUACGCGCAGGUCUUCCGUGAGCACGCCAACAAGCUCGUGGAGGUUGCAAAUCUGGCCUGUUCAAUCUCUAAUAAUGAAGAAGGUGUGAAGCUAGUCCGUAUGGCAGCAACACAGAUUGAUAGCCUAUGCCCACAGGUAAUAAAUGCUGCACUCACACUGGCGGCCAGACCCCAAAGCAAAGUAGCACAGGACAACAUGGAUGUCUUCAAAGACCAGUGGGAGAAACAAGUGCGAGUCCUCACUGAAGCUGUUGAUGACAUUACUUCGGUGGAUGAUUUCCUCUCUGUCUCAGAAAACCAUAUUCUGGAAGAUGUGAAUAAGUGUGUGAUUGCUCUCCAAGAGGGGGAUGUUGAUACACUGGACAGAACUGCUGGUGCCAUCCGGGGCCGUGCAGCCAGAGUUAUUCACAUCAUCAAUGCAGAGAUGGAAAACUAUGAAACAGGAGUUUAUACGGAGAAGGUGCUGGAAGCUACCAAACUGCUCUCUGAAACUGUCAUGCCGCGCUUUGCAGAGCAAGUGGAGGUUGCCAUCGAAGCCUUGAGCGCCAACGUCCCACAGCCAUUUGAAGAGAACGAAUUCAUAGAUGCCUCCCGCUUGGUUUACGAUGGAGUUCGCGACAUCAGGAAAGCUGUUCUGAUGAUAAGGACCCCUGAAGAGCUGGAGGAUGAUUCAGACUUUGAGCAGGAAGAUUAUGAUGUUCGCAGCCGAACAAGUGUUCAGACUGAAGAUGACCAGCUUAUUGCUGGACAGAGUGCAAGGGCUAUCAUGGCUCAGCUCCCCCAGGAGGAGAAGGCUAAAAUUGCUGAGCAGGUGGAGAUAUUCCAUCAAGAAAAGAGCAAACUGGACGCCGAGGUAGCCAAGUGGGAUGACAGCGGUAAUGACAUCAUUGUGCUGGCAAAGCAGAUGUGCAUGAUUAUGAUGGAAAUGACAGAUUUUACUAGGGGUAAAGGCCCGCUGAAGAAUACAUCGGACGUCAUUAACGCAGCCAAGAAGAUCGCAGAGGCAGGAUCUAGGAUGGACAAACUGGCUCGGGCUGUAGCUGAUCAGUGCCCCGACUCAGCCUGCAAGCAGGACCUGCUCGCCUACCUGCAACGCAUUGCCCUCUAUUGCCACCAGCUCAACAUCUGCAGUAAGGUGAAGGCAGAAGUUCAGAACCUGGGAGGAGAACUCAUUGUGUCAGGGCUGGACAGUGCCACCUCCCUCAUCCAGGCAGCUAAAAAUCUGAUGAACGCUGUGGUCCUUACAGUGAAAGCAUCCUAUGUGGCUUCUACUAAGUAUCAGAAGGUCUAUGGCACUGCAGCCGUGAACUCACCAGUUGUGUCUUGGAAGAUGAAGGCCCCUGAGAAGAAACCUCUAGUAAAGAGAGAAAAACCAGAAGAAUAUCAGACAAGAGUGAGAAGAGGGUCCCAGAAGAAACAUAUUUCCCCUGUACAGGCCUUAAGUGAAUUUAAAGCGAUGGAUUCAUUCUAAAACACCAAGCUUUAGCAGGAGGGUUUUAUAUUCUUUUUGUAUGCAUACCUGCCGACUUGUAUGCGUCUGGCAUGGGGUGGGGGGGGACUAACGAAGCAGUGUCAAUUUGCAUGCAACCUCUAUUAAUGUAGCUAACUAACUUUCUGCGACACCAAAAUUUAGGGCAUUCUCUUCUGAUGUUAAAUGGAGCUAUUCCAAGCUGACUUUUUAAACUAAGCUAUAGCAUUAAAUUGGCCAAAGAAUUUGCAUCACAAGGGUGUAUAUGGGUUAAGUAGUAAAUUCAAGUCUAAACCCAGAAAUCUGUAUGCAUGCAAGAAACAUUAGGUUGGCAGGUGUAUUAAGUGAAAAAAUGGAAUUGUAAUGGUAGACCAUAAAGCUUGUAUUGCUUCUGUUCCAGUGCAAAAAUGUACUAGCCAAUAUGCUUAAAUGUGUGGCCCAAUAAUUGAAUGAUAUAACUUUUAAGUCAUCUUCAUUAUAGUAUGUGAAUUUUUAAAAUGGUUAAAAAAUAACUCAUCUUAAAAACGAUUCUUUUAGACGAUAUUUUGUUCUUUAUAUUCUAGUAGUGUUAUGAUUGCUCACAUUUCAAUUAAUCCCAUUAAUAUGAACAGAGGUUUACUUUUGCCAAUUGAAUUCCUUAUGGUGGAGUAUGAAGCACAAUAUGGUGAUUGACAUUGCCUUUUAUAUUAUGAUUAUUAUGAUUAUGAUUAUUAUAUUAGUAAUAGAAGAUCUGGUGGUGAAAUGUGUAGAGACACGGAAAAUGUGAGAAUUUAGAGGCGAAUAUGUAGGUGUAGUUUGGAUUACAGGUAUCUGACAUACCAUUGUAACCACUAACUCAAUAAACUCAUUUAACCUUGGAAUCCUCAA